AGGCCCGCCUCCGUCCGCGGCCGCCCUCUCUCCGCCCCGCGCGGCGGAGUGCAGUCACGUCGGCCGGGCUGCGGUGCCCGGCUUCGCGCGGCGAUGGCGGCCCCGAGGUGCGUCACGCCCGGCGGCCGCCUGGCCCUGGCGCGGACGCGGGCGCUGGCCCUGCUGGUCGUGCUGUUCCUGAGCGGCCUGACGGGCGCAAUCCCGACCCCGAAGGCCCCCUGGGGGCCUGGCGGGCCGGUCCCUCCCGCCUCCCGCAGCCGCUCGGUGCUCUUGGACGCCGGGACGGGCCAGCUGCGUCUGGUGGAUGGCCGCCACCCGGACGCCGUGGCCUGGGCCAACCUCACCAACGCCAUUCACGAGACCGGGUGGGCCUUUCUGGAGCUGCACACGAGUGGCCGCUACAAUGACAGCCUGCAGGCCUACGCGGCAGGGGUGGUGGAGGCGGCAGUGUCCGAGGAGCUCAUCUAUAUGCACUGGAUGAACACGGUGGUGAAUUACUGCGGCCCCUUCGAGUAUGAAGUUGGUUACUGCGAGAAGCUCAAGAGCUUCCUGGAGACCAACCUGGAGUGGAUGCAGGAGGAGAUGGAGCUGAACAAGGACUCCGCCUACUGGCACCAGGUGCGGCUGACCCUCCUGCAGCUGAAAGGCCUAGAGGACAGCUAUGAAGGCAGUGUGACCUUUCCAACUGGGAAGUUCACCAUCAAGCCCUUGGGGUUCCUCCUGCUGCAGCUCUCUGGGGACCUGGAAGACUUGGAGCCAGCCCUGAAUAAGACCAAGACCAGGCACACUUUGGGCUCUGGCUCCUGCUCUGCCCUCAUCAAGCUGCUGCCUGGCCACAGUGACCUCCUGGUCGCCCACAAUACCUGGAGCUCCUACCAGAACAUGCUGCGCAUCAUCAAGAAGUACUGGUUCCAGUUCCAGGAAGGCCCCCAAGAGAACUCUCCCCUGGCGCCUGGCAACAAGCUGGUGUUCUCGUCCUACCCCGGCACCAUCUUCUCCUGUGACGACUUCUACAUCCUGGGCAGCGGGCUGGUGGCAAUGGAGACCACCAUUGGCAACAGGAACCCGGCCCUGUGGAAAUACGUGCAUCCCAAGGACUGUGUGAUGGAGUGGGUGCGCAACGUCGUGGCCAACCGCUUGGCCCUGGAUGGCGACAGCUGGGCGGAUGUCUUCAAGAGGUUCAACAGUGGCACGUACAACAACCAGUGGAUGAUCGUGGACUACAAGGCAUUCGUUCCCGGUGGGCCCAGCCCUGGGAGCCGGGUGCUCACCGUCCUGGAGCAGAUCCCCGGCAUGGUGGUGGUGGCCGACAAGACCUCGGAGCUCUACCAGAGGACCUACUGGGCCAGCUACAACAUCCCGUACUUCGAGACUGUGUUCAACGCCAGUGGGCUGCAGGCCCUGGUGGCUCAGUAUGGGGACUGGUUCUCCUAUGACAAGAACCCCCGGGCCCAGAUCUUCCAGCGGAACCAGUCGCUGGUGCACGACGUGGCCUCCAUGAUCCAGCUGAUGAGGUACAACGACUUCCUGCACGACCCCCUGUCACUGUGCAAAGCCUGCAGCCCCCAGCCCAACGGGGAGAACGCCAUCUCCGCCCGCUCCGACCUCAACCCGGUCAACGGCUCCUACCCGUUCCGGGCUCUGCAGCAGCGCUCCCAUGGCGGCAUCGACGUCAAGGUGACCAGCAUGGCCCUGGCCAAGGCCCUGCGCCUUGUGGCAGCCAGCGGCCCCACGUGGGACCAGGUGCCCCCAUUCCAGUGGAGCACCUCGCCCUUCAACAACCUGCUGCACAUGGGCCAGCCUGACCUCUGGAAGUUCUCGCCCACCGAGGUCUGGUGGGACUGAGGCGCUGGCUCUGCCCGCUGCCUUCUGCCCCUGCUGACCUCUGCAGGCGCCGCCUUGACCUCCUGCUCAUCCUCUCUGUGGCCUUUGCCCCCUGCUGUGUGCAGAGCUGGGACCUGGGUCUGCCAGGUUCACCCUCACCUGGGCGUUUCCUCCUGGGUGGGUCGUGGGACCAGGUAGGCCCGAGCUGACUCCUCCCCUCUGAAGCGGGUGAGUGCCCUUUCUGUCUCCCUCUGCCUCUGCAUCUCUUUCUUCUUCUCUUUCUCUCUGUUCUCUCUGCUUCUCUCUCUCCCCCACCCUGGGACCCCACCUUCAGGCUGCCCCCCUGAGGCCUCAGGGUCUGAGCCCCCGGCCGGUGGUGCUGGAGGGGCCUGUUCGGGGCCUGCUGCGGGGCUCUGCAGCUGGUGGGGUUUCAGCCCCGAGACCUGGGCGUUGCCUCUGGUUGGUGUUGCUCCUCCAGGCCCAGCUCCUCUGCCCCUUUAGGAAGCCGCCCCUGUUGACCCUCUGGACAGCUUUUUCAAGGACAGAAACUGGAAAACAAAAACCAAAGUUUCCGGCGACUUGCGGCUGGAGGGACCUGAGUGUCCUCGCUGCGGGGGCAGGCGUGCCAGCCCCAGGCACCAGCCUCACGUCCCCGCCCAACCUGGGCGCGCCCCUGGCCUCCGGGCGGUGCUCUCAGCUCCCCUGCUGCAGGCACCAAAUCGCAGGCUGUGACAUCAUUAAAUGGGAGAGGCCGGGCUGCUGUUCUGUGCUCCUUGGGGCAGCGGGGAAGCCUGGGGCCUCCUCCUCUCAAGAUUGGGAUCUGCCCUGCCCUCCCAUGCACCUUCCUGUCCGUCCUUCUGUCCAUUCAUUUGUCUAGCCGUCUGUAUGUUUACUGAACUCCUACUUUGUUCUGGGUGCUGUUCUGGCACCCUGUUCACCGCAGGACCUUCCCAAGUCCUACCGCAGGGUACAGAGCAACACAAAACAGAGUCUCGCCCUGUCUGUUCAUACCCAAAAACCUGCAUCGGAGAUAAGACUCGCCCAAUGCUAGGUGCUUGCGGGGAGGACAGCACAAAGCCCUGGGGUCAGAGACCUGGGUUCGAGUCCCAUCACUACCUGACACUACUCAGGUACUUGUCAGGUACGCUGACAAGGCUCAGGCAGGUCAGUGUCACUACUGGCAAUGGACGCUGACCUGCCUGACCCUUGGUUGCCACAUCUGUAAAAUGGGAUGAUGGUGUGAGCAACACUUCCCCUGGGGCAGGGGGCGGGGGACGGCGGCUGUGAUGCAGCCUCUGUAAGGCCUCACACACUCAACCUUCCUUGAGUAGCGAGUGUUACUGAACACUCAGCACAGACCAGGCACUGGGAUGAGGCCCUGUGGCUACCUUAUGACCAAAGGUGCAAAAAAAUGUCCUUGCUCUUAGGAAGGUUACAUUGGCGAGGUAGCCAACAGAGUAAGGGAACUAGGUACGUAAGAUGCUGAGAAAUGGCCUGGAGGAAAUCAAGGGUGGGAGGCCCCAGGCGGUGAUGGAACUCCUCCAGGGCCACUCUGCAGGAAGGGGCGACGCCGGCCUGUUCCCCAGGACGAUUCUGGCCCCUUCUGCUUUCUGGGAGGUGGGGAAGCCAUGUAGCCAGGAUGAUUCUGAAG